CAAUUAUACUUAUGUAUUACAAACAUAACCAGAAAAAAAUAAAUUGCAUUUUACCUGCUGGCCCCGUCUAUAAAUUGUACUAUUAUCUCACAAGCUUUUGGAGGGUGAACUUAGGCUUGUUGGGAAAAACAGAAGCUGAGAAUGGCAUCACAAGAGGCAGAGGCAAUGUUAAAAAGCCAAGUUGAAAUAUCGCAACUCGUGCUUGGUUUUGCUGAUUCUAUGGCUUUGAAGUGUGCGGUCGAGCUUCGACUGGCAGAUAUAAUAAAUUCUCACGGUCGUCCAAUCUCUCUGUCCCAAAUAGCUUCAGGUAUUAACUCACCUAGCCCGGACAUUUCUUAUCUUGCUCGUAUCAUGAGAUAUGUGGUCAGAAAAGACAUUUUUAGUGCACACCCCCCAUCAGAUGGAGGCGAAACACUCUUUGGGCUGAAUCAAAAAUCAAGAAUGCUAAUGCAUGACUCUGAACGAAGCCUCGUUCCUAUAUUAACCAUACAACACAGUCCAUGGCUCCAAGCACCGUGGCAUUGCUUGAGCCAAUGUAUCAAAGAAGGUGGAACCUCUUUUUCGAAGGCUCAUGGCUGUGAACUGUGGGAUUUUUCUUCUCGAAAUCCUGAGGCCAGUAGGAUUUUCAAUGAGGCCAUGGCAUGCACAUCAAAGAUCACGAUGACGGCAAUUUUAUCACAUUACAAAGAUGGUUUCAACAACAUUAGAUCAUUGGUGGAUGUUGGUGGUGGUAUUGGAGGACAUGUAGCAGAGUUUGCCAGGGCCUACCCACACAUUAAAGGAAUAAACUUGGAUCUGCCACAUGUUGUAGCAACAGCACCAAAAUAUGAAGGAGUUUCCCAUGUUGCAGGAAAUAUGUUUGAGGCUAUUCCUAAUGCUGAUGCAAUUUUCAUCAAGCGGAUAUUGCAUGAUUGGACCGAUGAAUCAUGCGUUGAAAUUUUGAGAAAUUGCAAGAAAGCAAUACCUGAAAAAACUGGAAAGCUUAUCAUAGUUGAUAUAGUUCUACAAACAGAUGAUCAUUGUGAUAAAUUUGAUGAUAUAAGAAUGGGAAUGGAUUUAGUGAUGUUUGCAGUGACCACUGGUGGGAAGGAGAGAACUGAGCAAGAAUGGAAGAAAUUAUUAGAGGAAGGAGGCUUCUCUCGCUAUAAAAUCAUCAAGAUUCCAGCUUUGGAAUCUAUUAUCGAGGCUUAUCCAGAGUGAAAUAUCAAUUUGUUAUAGUCAUAAUAAUAUCUUAAAUAAGUAAACUACGCCUGCGAUGCAGCAGUCAAUAAUAAUAUUAGGCAUAAUAAUCCGAGCCAUGUAACGCCUUUCCCUAAACUGUAUUCAUAGAUUAUUAAAGCUUUAUAAUAUAUUAUUGAUUAUGAUGGUCGCUUGUGGUUGUAAUCUAUAGAAACUAGAUGAUUAUAUAUAUGUUUUAUAGUAAAGGAGGUAUUUUUGGAUUA